AAGUGAUUGACUUAUUUCCUUCUCUUACAGGGACGAAUAUAUCUACAGGGGAGGAAGUGGCCAUAAAACUAGAAUGCAUCAAGACGAAACACCCACAACUACACAUAGAAUCAAAGUUUUACAAAAUGAUGGCAGGUGGUGUAGGUAUUCCAGGAAUCAAAUGGUGCGGGUCAGAGGGCGACUACAAUGUAAUGGUUAUGGAGUUAUUAGGCCCCUCUUUGGAAGACCUUUUUAACUUCUGUUCUAGAAAAUUUAGUUUAAAAACUGUCUUACUCUUGGCAGACCAACUAAUAACCAGGAUAGAGUACAUUCAUAGUAAGAAUUUUAUACAUCGUGACAUCAAGCCUGAUAAUUUCCUCAUGGGUUUGGGCAAGAAGGGCAAUCUUGUCUACAUCAUAGAUUUCGGCCUUGCGAAAAAAUACAGAGAUUCUAGGACACAUCAACACAUACCUUAUCGUGAAAACAAGAAUUUGACUGGAACUGCUCGGUAUGCCUCUGUCAACACUCACCUUGGUAUUGAACAGAGCAGAAGAGACGACUUAGAGAGUUUAGGAUAUGUUUUGAUGUAUUUCAACAGAGGGUCUCUCCCAUGGCAGGGCCUGAAAGCAGCCACGAAACGACAAAAGUAUGAAAGAAUAAGUGAAAAGAAAAUGCAGACACCCAUUGAAGAACUAUGUAAAGGUUUUCCUAAUGAAUUUGCGACGUACCUGAAUUUCUGCCGGUCUCUGCGGUUUGAAGAAAAACCAGACUACAGUUACCUAAGGCAGCUCUUCCGUCAGCUCUUCCAUCGUCAGGGCUUUACUUAUGAUUAUGUCUUUGACUGGAAUAUGCUCAAAUUUGGUGGUUCUCGAAAUCAAGAAAAUGAAAUAGAGCGAAGAGAUAGACAAAGCAGCAGACCUCAAGCCACAGGCGCCACAUCCCGGAUACGACACGACACGACAGUAGGAGGUGUGUUGCCCUCGCCAACUGCAGGAGUCGGGAGGCUGCGCUCAGGAAGUGAAAGUGAACAGCGUGUCAGUAUGAGAGUGCAUCGGUCUGGAACUUCUAAUGCCCAGACACCAGAACUUUCAAGACCCACAGAUAGAUGUGUAGAACAAUGGGCAAAUAGUGUGAGUCCCCCUGUAUCUGGAGGAGUCAUUCGACGAGGGUCUGCAGGCAAGGAAGGAACUUUCCGAUAUCCGACAAAAAAGUGAGAACUAAGCAGCCAGUAGGAACUUAAUCCCGGCAGUGACAGGCAACAACAUGUGAUAUUUAAGGAGCAACUGCACAGUUGUGAUAAAAGUCAUAACAUAGAUUUGAAAGAAACAUUAUGGAAACUUUCUAGUGCAGUUCUUGGUCCUCGUGGGUACCAGCUCCAGAGUGAGUGUGAUGAAGUCCAUUGUGAAAACUUUUUUUUAAUUUUUUUUAUGGGCCAAUCAAGCUCAAGCUCAUUUAAUAAAACUAUUUUUGAGUGAAUGUCAAGGCCUUAUAAAUACUAGCUUUUAUGGAAAUGUGUGUGUACACAAACUCAGUGAGUGUAAUCAUGUGAUGCUGUCAGUGCAUCUUUGAAUCCGUGAUUUAGGAAUGAAAACAUUUAUAGGGAAGAAGUCACCUUUGUCCUUCACGAAAUCCAUUUUUUUUUUAUUCCCUUUCACGUGGAAAAAAAAGUGUUGAUUAAUCAUAUUAAGGUUGCAGCAAUACUUUCCAAGUUUCUUAAGCUUUCUAUUUGUAAAAGUACUAUAAACCAGUAACUUCCAACAGUUUACGUACUACAUAUAUUACAGUGUUGCGUAUCGUGAAGUUUUAACCCAGAGGUAGCUAAAUAUUGUGAGGUCCCUUUUCCGCAGUUACACAAGACAGUGUUUUUUUGGUUAUCUAGUCCAGGAGUUACUGUGAAAGGCUUACUUACUAGUAUUACUCUACGUCACUGAGAGGGGGUUUCUUCUGAACUUUGGCAUCACUUCAUUUACUGCAUUAGCUUUAUCUUUUUUUAUGGAGGAAGUCUUUCAGAUGACCAAAGAAAGCAUUUAAGGAUCUCGUCAUUUUUUUAAUGGUCUUGUAGCAUCUUUUGGUAUAUUGUGCCUUUAAAACAUGGGAUCAAGUAGAUAUAAUUCUUUUACGUGACCAAGCUGUAUAUAAUUUUAUUUGAUAUUGCAAAAUAGUAUUUUAAUUUGAGUGAUUUUGCAUCACUCUGAACAAGCUUAUCAUUUCACUUCUUUUGACCCUCUCUGAAGUUUGUCUUAGCACUGCUUUAGCAACUGAGUUUAUUCAGGUUGGUUAUACUUUGGAAUGUUGCUAUACUCUAACAGUGUUGCCAGAUAUACUUUUUUUGUUCUGCAGUAUUUGACUGCAUUUACGUAUUCACCGAACCUAACAUCAUCCCAUUAUUGUUUUAUGUCAAAUCAGAUUUUGUAACAGGAAGAGGAAAAUGCAGUGUGCAAUGUUUUAAACUGGUUUUCCAAAGAUAUUCUUUAUAAUAACAUAUUUUGCUCUUGUGGAGUUCCAAUUAACAUCUCUUUCAACUCUCAUUUUACGAGGUGUUUUUUCAGCAGCUGUUACAGUAUUCUACAUAAUGUACAGUUACUUUUUACUUACUUUAACUGCUUAGUACAUUAUCUGAGUUACUGAUUUUUUUUCCCAUUUACUUCAAAUGUUCAUUGUUGCUGAACAAGCACCAAGAUAUUCUUGCUGUAAGUCUCUUACAGUAAUAUGCUGACUGAACUACAGGAAGACCACAAGCAGCUGAAUGUACUUGGUUUACCCUUGUUGCUCUGUGAUGUCGACCCAGCUUUGUAUGUCAGUAGAUAGUAGCCCUGUAAACCAUUUAUUUACUUUCUUAACUGCAGUAUUCUUAUUUCCAUAACGCUAGCAGGAAAAUUUCCAACAAUCACAAAUGUGCACCGCUUGAAUUUUCAGUAAACUCUGUAAGUUAUGAACGCUAGUUGUAUAAUCUGGGUAUCUUGUUUAAAAACAUAUGCUCUUCUAGGAUUUUAAAUCACCUACUUUUUUUCUUUUUUUUUUCCAUUUUCAUUCCCUUUAAUUUCACCAUUUUUUAUGCCAAUUUCACCACUUUAUAAUACACCUUCUUUUAUUUUAACCAUUAAAUUUCUUUAUAUAGGUUUCCCUUAUUUUAUAAUUUAAUAAUCUAUGCAUCGUUUAGAUAAUUUUCCUACUUGUAUAAGGGUAUGCAAUGUAAACAACCAUUCUUUAUUUUAAUUGUCAUUGUAAACUUGAAUAUAUUUAAGAGGACAGUGCAACACUUGAUUUUUAUAUGUCUUGUCAGUCUUUUAUCCUUGUUUACAUAAGAUGCUAUAUUUCAUCUAAUUACCUUGUCCUCUUCCAACUGAUUUCUAAAUUCUUUGCUCUUCAGUAUACUGUACAGUAUGGGAAAACAGGCUGUACAAUUAUGUAAUAAUAUGACUAAUAAAUGGUUCUAAUUAUCUGGCAACAAUAUGACAUGUUCUUCCUGUUUUAUUACUCUGUAGGGAAUAAAGUGCCAAGACUACAUCCAAGAAGUUUAUUUGCUCUAAAUUGCAUUUACUAAAUAGUUUUUUGCCUAAGAUUAUUUCCCAGUGCCUUAAUUGUUUACUAUAAAGUAUGCUGAUAAGAAUCAGUUACAUACCAUAAAAUGAUUGAGGCUUGGGUAAACGUAUUUUAAUUCAAAAGUCAGUAGUACAUACCAAGUACGUAGUCAGUUUACAAGACAGUGGUACAUCUAAAAUUAGCAUACAUGAAAUAUAGUUACACAUUCUUGACUUGACAGUAUAUACGUAGGUACACAGUAUUCAGCGAGAGGAACAUACAUAAUCAAGCUAUUAUCUACAGAUAAGCCAAUGUAAUAGGUAAUGAUUUUCCUGUGCCAUUUGCUUACAGGCCAACUUUUCUACUUGCUAACGUUCGUAAGUGUAAAGAAAAAGUAGUUUAAGUAAUCAAAACAGCACUGUUUUGCUUGAACUGUAAUAUCUGAUAGGAAGGAUGGCAAGUCCGUGUUACCAAGAAAAUGUCGAUACCCACCAUAAACAAUUUCUCUUACUCAAGUUACUAUACAGUUUCAUAAAAAGGUAAAUUUUUACUUGUAUUAUGAAACUAAAGAUACCCACUCUCUUUUGGAAGGAGUAUUCUCAUAACCUUUGAAUGUAGAAUUUGCAUUUUCAAAACAGAUGUGUUACCAAAAUUUCUUCCUCUACUGUAUUGUAUUUUACCAAUUUUAUAUCAUGAAUCUAAUGUAAACAAACUUUUCUGACUCACUAAAGCAACCAAACUACUAAAAAUGAACAGGAAUCACUGAUGGUUAAAUCCUUGAAGAAAGUGUAUUAAUACUGAAUAAAACAAUACUAUAAAAAAAAAUGUGAUUAUGUGGUGAGUGGGAGAUUUACUUCUUGUCAUGUGUUGCUGUAAAAUUUUACAGGGGUAGUACACUGUAUUAUAAGUUACUUGGCAAGUAUUUGCUUCAGAAUUGUAUGAUUAAUAACAGAUGCUAUGUAUCUUUCUACUGUGUGUGGUUUUAUUCGAGUGAAGGUAAUUUUAAGUUUUGUAUCUUACGAAUACCAAUGAUCUCAUUGCCGAUAGGUGUUAAAGGAGGCAUAUUUUGUAGUGGCGAGACCAAGACUAGGUAUAAAUGUGACAGUCAGAGCCAAAUUACAAAAAGCAAUCAAAAGACCACAGUAAUUUUGAAAAUGGAAGGUGGUUUCCAAUAAUUAUCCUCUUGUUGGAAACUCUUGGACAUGACUAUUUCUGAAGGGGUCCAAAAUGUUUACAAAAUAGUACAUUUGGAAAUGGAAUUCAGGCUUUAUUAUUUACAAUUGUACAUAAAUAUAUAUAUAUAACAUUUUGAUUAUCAAAUACAUAAAAAGUCGAAAUCUGAUUUCAGCUUAACGUAGAGCUUGUUUCAGCUGUGUGUAACAUAGCAACUUGCUUCAACAGGUGAGAAAUUAGAAAUUUAAUAAUCAGCUUUCUUCCUUUGGAAACAGUAAUCAGAUUUUCCAUCUCGGUAACAUUGGUGUAACAUUGCAUUUAGAUGGGGGGUCAGGAAGGGGCUAUUAUAAUGCUUUCAGCACAAAAUGGCAUACUGUAUUAAUCUCUUAAAGGAUGGAUGCCUCUUGCGUAAGCUACAAGACAUGAUUCUGGUUCUGCCAGCAUGGAUGAGAUAAGGUUCUUCUAUUCAGCACGCAUCAGAAAAUUCAGAUUAUAACGAGUUGGUACUCGCACCGUCUGGAAAGAGAGACUUGUGAAGAAAUUGUCGUUUAGUAAUGGUAGUGCUUGGAAUUGUUGCAAAAGAAAUGCUUACGAAGUUUUCUCAUUGAGCUUUUGAUCAAUAACUUGGGGCUAACCUGUACAGAAAAUGGGCUCUCGGAUACUGAUUACUUUGCUGAAAAUGAGUUUUUAUAAUCGAGGCGUUGGGUAUUUUGCUACGAACUAGAAAAGGAAGAAUAUACGUAUAUAUAUAUAUGGUAUAGUCCUUAUCUCGAGAGUGCUUUGACCAUCUUGUCUUCACCUUUUAAGAGUUUGUGAGUAUUUUCACACUGCCUGUAACCCCUUAAAAUUUGAUUUUCAUUUUAAAACAUAACGGUGGAUGUCAUCAAAAAGUCUAUAAAUAAAUUUUAGUAUUCAGUAUGUAAUGGAAUAAUUAAUUAGUAAAUGUUAUGUCAACGUGUUUGAUAGUGGCCAGGUAAAAGGUCUAGUGAUAAGUCCUAAUCUCUGUCAGUCCUAAAGUCCUAAUAAAGCAUCUGCUUGAUAGAAGAACACUGUGCUGUACUUUUUGAACACAUUCACUGUCUCCUGGAGAUUGGAUCAAAAUUUCCAAGCACUGACGCGUCUCUCCAUCAGUGCGAUAAUUAUCAUUUUGCAGACUGUAUCUUGAAAAGGUAUGGAAAAGAUGCUUUGUUAAUUUGCCCUGUAAUCAUGUGAAUAAUUUUUUAUCAUGUAAAAAAUGGGUCAGUGCUAUGUGCCAGAGGAUCAUCUGAGCAAAUGUAUUUAUUUUCUAGUUUACGAGGUACAGAGGCCAUCGUGUUAAAUGUGCUGAUCUGAGCAAAGAUUGUUAGCAUUAAUAACAUUUUGAUAAAGCAUUUACAAGAAAAAGAAAUUUGACUGUAAUAAAGGAGUUGUCAUAGA